AUGGAUAAGGAUAAAUUUCAGGAGUUUCUUCCGACAAUGUCACGGAUCUUCUCGAUGACGCGAUACUUUGGCGUUUCUACAUGUAAGCCCAGUAUCGCAUUCGGCUGGACAGUUAUAUUAUUGUUAAUGCUACUGGCUAUUGAAGUGGGAGCUAUAUGGAAGAUCGUGAGGCUUCUCGGAGGAUGGGCGGUUCAUAGUACUGAUAGGGGCUUCACAGCGAGACUGUCAGGUUGUAUAUUCUAUGGGAACGCUCUUCUAUCCCUGAUCUUGUCAAUCAAAUUCGUGUCAUCAUGGGAACAGUUAUCUGAGCGCUGGUCGAGAACAGAAACGGAUCCAGGACUGCGACUCCCAUCUGAUAGUAGAAUUAAAAGACGAACUGUCCUAGUAAGUGCCUUCGUCAUGACAUGCGCUUGUGUGGAGCACAUGUUAAGUAUGAUGUCGGCCACAGGCUUCGAUUGUCCUCCUGAAGAAUAUACGGAGAGAUACAUUCUAAGCUCACAUGGAUUCCUCGUUCAAAACGAUGAAUACAACCUCUGGUUGGCAAUACCGAUUUUCAUAAUGAGUAAACUUGCAACCGCUUUGUGGAAUUUCCAAGAUUUGAUCAUUAUUUUGAUUAGUAUGGGAUUCACAUCGCGAUAUAAUAGACUUAAUACGUACGUACAUCGAGUUGUGAUGCUUGAGAGGAACCUAAAGGAAGGUGCUCAGGUUUCGUCUGAAAAUUACAUGCGAUUCCAAAUAUGGCGUCGAAUUAGACAAGCGUAUGUUAGACAGGCAGCCCUCGUGCGGUUAGUUGACGAUCAGCUCGGGGCUUUGGUCUUAUUGUCAAACGUCAACAAUUUAUACUUCAUCUGUCUUCAAUUAUUUCUUGGGAUCAAUUCAAAAGACAGAGGAAGUUUCAUCAACAGGUUAUAUUAUUUCAUUUCUCUCGGUUGGUUGAUGUUCAGAGCUUGUGGCGUAGUGUUGGCGGCUGCAGACGUAUAUAUUCAUUCGAAAAAAGCUUUAAUCUCCUUGUACUUGUGUCCCGAAUUAGCUUACAACCUGGAGAUUAAGAGAUUAAAGUAUCAGUUGAAGAAUGAUGAAGUUGCUCUAACUGGAAUGGGUUUAUUUUCGUUGAAUCGCGAAUUGUUGUUAGAGGUAGCCGCAGCCGUUUUGAAAUAUGAACUGGUUUUAGUGCAAUACGAUAAAUGA